AUGUCCACCGCCAACCCCGCCCAUGAUUGGAGCGCAGCACAAUACCUGAAGUUCAAAGAUGAGCGUACCCAACCAGCCCGCGAUCUUCUCGCCAGGGUUCCUCUACAGACACCGAAAAGCGUGGUAGACUUGGGGUGUGGCCCGGGGAACUCGACGGCCGUCCUAGAGUCUCGCUACCCCGACGCACUACUUGUCGGAAUGGAUUCAUCCCCGGACAUGAUCCGCCAAGCCAAAUCCACUCUCCCCCAUUUAAAAUUCAAUAUCGCAGAUUUGAAAACUUACACACCCGAGGCGCCAGUCGAUCUAUACUACUCCAAUGCCGUUCUCCAAUGGCUCGGAAGAGAAGAGCGCAUUGAAGUCAUCAAGAGACUGAUUGGAACUCAACCCACUGGAGGAGUGUUUGCUUUUCAGGUUCCCGAUAAUCUCAAUGAACCUUCCCAUGUCUUGAUGAGAGAGACGUCCAAAGCUGGGCCCUGGACGGCGAAGUUGCAAUCGGUCGGCCGGGACACGUUCCAGUCGCCACAGGAGAUUUAUGAUCAGCUCAAGCCGCUUUGUUCGGAGGUAAAUCUCUUCCAUAUCAGUUAUUAUCAUUCGCUUGAAAACCACGAAUCUAUCAUCGAAUGGGUCAAAGGGACCGGGCUGAGACCGUACAUGGAUCCAUUACAGCCAGAAGAAAGAGAUGCUUUCUUGAAAGAAUACUUGAGGCGCUUGGGGGAAGCAUAUCCCUCGUCAGUUGAUGGUCGAGUCUUGCUUCGGUACCCACGGUUGUUUGUAGUUGCUGUGAAGAGCUGA